UGCAAACUAAUUUUCCAAUUGAAUUGUUUUAUCCAUAUUUUGUUGGAGGGAAAGUCUACCUAAAUAAAAUGAAGUUGGAAAGAAAAAGCAAUAAGGGGGUGGGGCUUGCUCAAGGACUUUUGUCCUAUGUGUGCAAAAUAGAUGGCAAGGAGAAUUAGCCCUUAUGCAAAAUAUUUUGGAGCUGCUGGCACAUGACUUCAGGGCUGGGGGAAAAGAUUAGAUAAGAGGAGCUGGAGGCAGCUAAGGAGAAUAGGGAAGAGCAAAGACCUCCCAUGGCUUCCGGGAUUAUCUCUGCUUUUGGGGAUGGGGGUUUGCUGUUUUGUAAGAAACUUCCAGAAAGGUCUUCCUUUAAGCUCUUCAGCAGAAACUACUACAAAUCUAAAUAGUUUUAUCAGUUAAUGCCUGGAAGAAUGUAUAGAUAACAAAACAAGAUUGACUUUCAAGAGACUGGCAUGCAAAGGAAAGGGGAACUGGGCAAGAGGUCUGCUUACAGUAUUGUUCCCUAGUGCUAUGGGUGGGGAUGUGAUACAGCCAAUUUGCAAAGAAGGGGGUGGGGAAGAAAACUGGUAGAUUUCCUUUACCUCCUCCCCUGUUUUCUUUUAGAAUUUGAGUGCUCCUAAAAAAAAUAAAUCCACAUCGGUAUAAGUUUGGGCCAUAGUCCUCUGAAUCAGCUAACAAGCUCAAUUGCUACCGGAACUAGAUGUGGCAUCUGCACCCUCUCUUUGGUGAACUUCAUUUCUACAGAAGCGGAAUCCACUGUGGUUUUAAAUCUGGUCUUUGAAAAGCCAGGUUGAUCUUGGAGAAUCAACGGAGGGAUUUUGAAGGAUUCCAGAUUCUGCAAUGUAGAUUCCAGGAUUGCUUCAACAUAGAUUCAAAGUAUUCUGCGUUGUUCUACAAUUGCAGCAAUUCAGUGAGCUUGGAGAUGAUAUUCAGGAGAACCCUACUAGGCACAGUUCUUUGUGCACAGCAGGUAUCCAAAAUAAUAGAUUCAUGUAUUUAUAUAUUCAAUGAUUGUCUCCACCCAGCUCACAGAGGUGACUCUGAUUAAAACGGGACAUCAAAAAAGGGGAGGGGAGGAAUCUAAAAGCACAUAAUGUCUGAGGCAAUCCAUGCUUCUGCCUAACUGAUCCCUCAAAACCAGCAAUCAGAUCACCUUUUUUUUUUUUUUUGCUUUUCUUGUUUGGAGAAGCCAAGCUAGAAGGGAAUGUGAUGGGUGGAGCUGAGGGGAGGAGGGGCGAGAGGAAUCAUCUUCCUCCUAAGAGGUGGGUUGGCUUUUCCUUGCUCCAGAGGAGAUAGUAGUGGGGAGGGAGCCUCCAGGGUGGAAACGGCUCUAUCUUCAUCCUGUAGAGUUCUUCUGCCAGUAGCAGAACUUUCGGUUAGGAUCAACAGAGGAGGGACAAUCAGCUUCUUCUAAAGGUUCCAUGCCAAGGCUGCUCUCCUGCUCCCGUUUUCAACCUUUUCACAAUGGAAGUAUCUACUAAGGCGAAAUUGGGACUGAUGCUGCCAGCCCACCCACCCAGUGGCAACUGGCACUACCAGUUUCGGAUCCUCCUGCUGGGUGAUUCCACUGUGGGCAAAACCUCUCUGCUGCGGCGAUACACAGAGAGAUGCUUCAUCCCAACCCCGUGUCCCACCGUAGGCGUGGAGUUCUACAGCAAGAUGAUGGAGCUGCCUCCAGGAAUCAGGGUGAAGCUUCAGCUCUGGGACACUGCCGGCCAGGAGAGGUUCAGGUGCAUCACCAGAUCUUUCUACCGCAAUGCGGUUGGUGUGCUGCUGAUCUUUGAUAUGACCAACCGAAGGUCCUUUGAGAGCAUCUUUGACUGGUACAACGAAGUGACCAACGUGAUGGACAAAGUGAUUUUCCUCCUAGUCGGCCACAAGUGUGAUCUCGAGUCCAUGAACAGGGUCACCCUGGAGGAAGCAGAGGGCUUGGCUACUUCUCUAGGCACAUCUUUUAUAGAAACAUCUGCCAAGACUGACACCAACAUAGACCUGGCUUUCGAGACCAUCACCAAUGCUAUCUAUGAGGCUUUGAGAAACAAAGAGUUUGAGCUGCAGGAAGGCUGGGAUGGCGUGAAAAUCGUUCAUAAGAGGAGAGCAAGCAGUCUGCAAAGGAAGAAGCCCUCCAAAGAAGCAUGCCAGUGUUAAUUCAGUUAGAACUGGAUGUUACAGGGCACUGAUUCCUUAAAAUAGAGUUCUUCCUUAGACAAAACACAGACUUAAUCCAUUGGGUUAAUCCUUACCCAGGUGAGACCAUUCACAACCUGUGAUCUCCAACUACUUUAUUACAUCCUCCGGACCUCGUUCUAAUCUCAUCUCAGAUCUCGUUUCCUGCUGUAAAUCAGUGACAUAUUUUUUUUCUGUUGUAUUUAGAUAUUAAAGAGAUGGGCAUU